UGGCCAAGCAGGAACUGAGAUUGCAGAAAAUCCCCAUUUCGAGCAAGGCUGGCGGAGGGGAUGUUCAGAGGGCCAAGGCCAGUCCAGGGGUGAGGGAGCCAGCGGUUGGGCAGGGAGCAGGGAAGCCCAGGAUAGGGAAGGCUGGUGGGGGGAAGCAGGGCGCUGGGGCCCAGAGCUGCCAGGCAGGAAGUUGGGGGGAGUGAGCAAGCCAGCUCUGGGAAGUUUGCAAAGCUGUCAGUGUGUGAGGAGUGAGCGGCUGCACAGAGCCCUCUCGGCCUGUGUCCUGCCUGCAGGCUGAGCGUCGGGGAGAGGGCCAGAAAGGAAGGAGGACUCCUGCUCUGCCAGCAUCACUGGCCCUGCUGCCAAGGCCUAGGGGCCCAGGCCAUGUGCAGCUGACCCGGGGGCCCAGGGAGAGGACCACCAAGAACUGGGAAUGGCCGGCCCUGGGGCCACCGCAUGGCUCUGCAUCUGGUGGGGCCUCCUGGCCAAGGAGGUCUGGGGCAUGAACUACCCCCCCAGGUACAGUCUGUACACGGGGGCCAGCCUGCCUUUCACACAGCAUCAAGGCACAGCACAAGCACCCAACGGGGCACGGGUGGCCAGCCGCCACAGGAAUUGGUGUGCCUAUGUGGUAUCACGGAGUGUGAGCUGUGUGGUGGAGGAUGGAGUCGACACGUAUGUGAAACCGGAUUAUCAGCCAUGUGUUUGGGGGCAACUCCAAUGCCCUCGUGUUGUCACGUAUCGGAGUUUUGUGCGCCCACGCUACAAGGUGGCCUAUAAGAUGGUGUCCGACAUGGAGUGGCGCUGCUGCCCUGGCUAUUCGGGUGAUGACUGUGCUGAAGGCGGGGUGCUACUUACUACCAGCAGACCACGACCUCAGCCUGGUCAACCCAACCUGUCUGGCUUUAGCAACACACUCAGUGGUGGAGAAGGAAACAGGGACUCGGAGAAAGUGCAACAGCUGGAAGAAAAAGUGCAGAGCCUGACCAAGCAGCUGCACGAUUUGCAGUCCACCAUGCAGGCCAACAACGCCAAGCUGACUGAAGAUGUGCGCCGGGCAGUGGAGACCUCCCUGAACGGCAAGCAGCCGGCAGACGCGGCCGCCCACCCGGAGAUGAAGGAGACCCUCAAUGAGAUCCAGCGCCACUUGCAGCGCCUCGACAACCGCAUUUCCAACCACGAGAACGGGCGAGGCGCGGGCGGCAGCGGGACGGACGUCCGAGGCGAGGUCCUGCGGGAGGUGGAGCGGCGCUUGCAGGAGUCCUGCGCGUCCUGCCUGACUGGCAUGGAGGGGCUGCGGCGGCAGCAGGCGGAGGACCACGACCGAAUGCGAGCCCUGGAGAAACUGGUUUCCUCCGCGGACCAGCGCAACCGCGACGCCGUGAGCACCCUCCAGCAGCACGUGAACCGCCUGGCCGAGCAGCUGCCCGCGGCCUGCUGCCCCCAGAUGGAGGGUCGGGUGGGCGAGCUGGAGCGCCGCCUGGACGCCGUCUCCGACUCGGUGGCCGCGCUUAACGAGCACGUGGGAGGCCGGCCGCAGCCGCAGCCGCAGGCGCCCUGGAGCGUGGACAGGCGAAUGACUGAGAUGGAGAGCCGCGUCAACACCACGCAGCGCAGCCUGGAGGAGCACUUGGUGGACCUGCAGGUCAUGCUGGAGGGAGCUGACGAACGGCUUCGCCGGGCUGAGGGGCAGCUAGACUUCCUCUUCUCCCGUCUGAACGACUUCCAGAGCCACGUGGGCCGAGCUCUGGCCAACCUGUCGCGGGACGUCGGCGGGCUGAAGGACAGCAGCCUGCAGCAGCAGGGGGCGCUGGAGCGGGUCCGCGUCUCUGUCCACACCUGCACGCAAAUCUGCACCGAGCCGGGCAACCAGGACUCGCAGAUCAGCAGCAUCCUAAGCGACCUGGAGCGGCGCGUGCUGGACAACGAAGGACAGCUGCGGUUGCUGGGCUCCAACCUCCACCAGCUCGACGUGUCGGGGAAAUUGCGGAACUUGCAAGGCUUGGUGGGAGCAAAUAGCGAAGCUCUUAGCAAGCUGGCUGGAGAAAUUGGCGAGCUUGAGAACCGGGUGGUGUUUUCCAUGAGUGCAGGGCCACCAGAUUUAAUACAUUAUUCCAAUCACACCAAUAAGCGCUUGGAUAAACUGGAGCAAGAGGUCAAGAGAUUGGAACACCAUCCCUGCAGCCAGACCUGCUCUCAGCUAUGGGGAGAAAUGGGGCAGCUCAGGGAGCAGGUGGAGGCCUGCCAAACAGCUUGCCAGCCAGUGGGGAAAAAACCAGAACUGGGUACAGAGGAAGUGGAGGCUUCCAAACCUCUGGAUGGCUUCAGCGUGAUUGGCGGCAGCUCCAGUGUCCACCUUCAGUCUUUGCAGGGAGAGCUCUCUGAGGUGAUCUUGGGCUUCAGCUCACUCAAUGAGACGCUGGCUGGACUGCAAGCCGCAGUGGAAAAGCAUGCAACAGACAUCCAUGAACUGGGCACUACCAAGGACCGCAUCAUUACAGAGAUCAACCGUGUACAGCAGGAGGUGACGGAGCAUGUGGGCGAGAGUGAUGCGCGCUUCCAGGACCUGGGUCAUGAGAUCCACCGGUUCAGUGGUACUCUACAGGUGGAGGCAUCAGACUGUCGGAGGGCCUCUGGGGGUCUGGCAGAGCGACUUGCUAAGCUGGAGGGCACCUGUGAACAGCUAGACCAUGUCUCAGGGAGCUUGCGCAAGAUUAAGGAGGGGCUGGACAAGCACAUCUCGGCUUUGUGGGGCUGUGUUCAUGAAGUGAACGGGACUCUGCGCAGCCACGGAACCUUGUUAGACAAGAUCCAUGGCAGUCAACUGAGCACCAUCUACCGCCAUCUCAAUACUCUUAAUGGCUCCCUCCAGACCCUGCAUGGUCAGCUGCAUGACCUCACACUGCAGGACUUCACAGGCCCUCCAGGCCCUUCAGGCCCCAUGGGAAAACAGGGCCCUCCAGGUCCAAUGGGCCCUCCUGGCAAGGAUGGAAAAACUGGCACCGAGGGACCCCCAGGUCUCCCUGGAAAACAAGGCCCACCCGGUCCAGCUGGAAUAGUGCCCAAAGUCUCCUUUUCAGCAGCUCUGACAACCUGGCAUGUCAAUACUGGAACCAUCAUCUUUGACAAGGAGCUGGUGAACGAUGGCAAUUUCUAUAACCCAAACACAGGGAUCUUCACGGCUCCUGUUUCUGGCCGCUAUCUGGUUAGCGCAAUUUUGACUGGGCACAGGGGUGAGAAGAUUGAGGCAGUCCUGUCACUUUCCAAUAAGGCUAUUGCCCGCAGCGACUCAGCUGGAUACCAGCCUGAAGGACUGGAGAACAAACCGGUGGCCGAGAGCCAGCCAAGCGCUGGUGCUCUGGCAGUCUUCACUCUCAUUGUCCCAAUGGAGCCUGAUGAGACCCUCUGCGUGGACCUUGUGUCUGGCCAGCUAGCCCACUCUCCAGAUGAGCCACUGACAGUUUUCAGCGCUGCCUUGCUUUAUGAAAAAGAUUUGGGGGUCCAGGUAGUUCCUCAGUGGGGGUAGGGAGCAAGCCAAAGUAGGUCCUCACCCAGCAGGGAAAGGGGAUGCCAAGGAACCCCAACUUGCAACCCCAGUAAAGCCUCCUUCCUUCCCUUCUGAGCUGGUGUCACCCAGUGACAACUAGUGUGGUAUGGCGGUUAAGGUGUUGGACUAGGACUAGGGAGAAGCAGGCUCAUGUCUGCCCUUAGCCAUGCAAAUUCAUGGGAUGACUUUGGGCCAUUUACUCUCUUUCAGCCCAACCUACCUCACAGGGUUGCUGUUGUGGGGAUAAAAUAACAGGAGAUCCCCAUGGAAGCUGCCUUGAGCCUUGAAGGAAAGGCAAGGAAUAAAUCUAACAAACAGAUAAAUAAAUUGGCAGUUUUGCCACCCCAGAGUUGAAGCUCUCAGCUGAGUUCCCGAGAACUGAAGCAGCGACGGUGUCCCUGCAGCGUCAGAGUCUCCUGUCCUGCAGGGACCUUUUGCUGGCACUUCCUGUUUCCCUCCUGCCAGCCCCAAGGCAUAAGGUGUGGAGAGAUUCUGCCUCUCUGAGGCACUGCGGGCUACAACUGUAGGUGUAUUAGUGCCCUCUGCAUCCUUUAGGGCCCAGGAUUUAAAAAAAAAAAAAAAGGCC